GUAUUGGUCAUUGGAGGAGGAGAAGGAGGUGUCUUGCGUGAAGUUGCACGCCAUGCUUCUGUUGAGCAGAUUGACAUGUGUGAAAUCGAUAAAAUGGUGGUCGACAUGAGCGGUUUACAUACCUUUCACCUUUCCUCCAUCUCUGUUUCAAAACGAAAGCUCGGAUGUAUCUUUUGGUUUAAUCUGUUUCCACCUUCUUGUAACCUUCAGGUGUCUAAGCAGUUCUUCCCUAAUUUAGCAAUUGGAUUCGAGGAUCCUCGCGUGAACCUCGUCAUCGGCGAUGGCACAAACUGCUUCUUUUGUCAUCUCUCUGUUGUUGUCCUUUCCAAAACUAUCUUCUUUAAAACUGAUGCUUGGAGUGUGUUUACUACAGGUGUUGCUUUCUUGAAGAAUGCUGCAGAAGGAUCAUAUGAUGCAGUGAUUGUUGACUCAUCUGAUCCAAUUGGUCCUGCAAAGGAACUUUUUGAGAAACCCUUGUUCCAAUCUGUGGCUAGAGCUCUUCGUCCUGGUGGAGUUGUGUGUACUCAGGCUGAAAGCUUGUGGCUUCACAUGGACAUCAUCGAAGACAUUGUUUCCAAUUGCCGUGAGAUCUUCAAGGGUUCUGUGAACUACGCGUGGACCAGCGUUCCAACAUACCCUAGGCAUCUUAAACCUAAAUUGGAGUUAUCGGAUUCAUGCUCUGUUCAACUGAAGGACCUGACGUUGACUUCAAACACCCAAUUCAUUGCUGCGUUCUGCUUGCCUUCUUUCUCCAAGAAGGUUAUUGAGUCAAAAGCCAAUUGA